UUUACUGUCAAGUAAAGGAGUACUCCCUAUGAUGAGGGGGAUGGCGAUUGGGCGAUCGGAUGUGUGGAUGAGUCACCGAUCCAGAGUGAUGGCGCCUCCAUGUUUUUACUGGGAAUGGCAACAGAUAACUAGAGACUUUGAUUUCAAACCUGGGAUGAAUUUGGGAUUCCAGUUUGGGUGCAAUAAGGGUUUUCACCAGAGAGAUUACUGAAAUAUGGCGGCGAUAUCAGCGUUAGCGAUAGAAUACUGAAAUAGGAUAUAGCCACUGGGGAAAAUGCUCGUAGUUUGCAGAAGCGAUCGGACUAAGAAAUACCUUCCUCGCAUUGGCAGGACAGACGCAACACCAGGACAACCUUUUGGCAAGCACGGAAUUCCAACUGGGUGCGAUCUAAUAAUAAGAGGCGUGAUCAAGGUCAGAAAUCUUCAUCUCAAAGCAAUGGACAAUAGAUCUCUGGCGGUCACCGCAACUCAGUUCAUUUUCAUGCCUUACGAUUGAAAGAAAGUCUUUUUUCUUUGCUUUUAUUCCUCGUGCUCUCUGCAUCUGCCAAUUUAAAAACAAUCAAACUCGCUCCAUUUCAUUGGAAGAAGAUGGAGUACUUUGGUUAUGAAGAUCUUUUUUAGAGACCCAAGCUGGAAGCUCUUGGCUUUACAUGAGCUACGAGAGAUCUCACAAAAUCGUUAAUCUUUUGAGAAAAAUCAAAGAGGAUUUUUUUCGUUUGGUGGAUUUGAGAACUCAAGGAACACCGACUAUAAUGAAUUUUUCGGAAGGUCGUAGAGGAGAAGGAGCUAAACAUUUUUGUUUUGCUUUAUUGGAACAACAUGAAAUGUUGAAACAUGUGGGUUUGAAAGAAGUAUCGAUGGAAAAUUCCAAUAAGGUUUUAGAUGAUCUUGGGGUUGUUUGUUUGGAAUUGGCAGAUUCAUGUUUUGAGAAUCAAGGGUCCAUUUCUUCAAAAGUUUUUCACAAUGAUCUACAAAAUUAUGGAUUUCAAACUCUGUUUCGAUCAAAACAACUAAUUGAGGUUGCUCAAGAGAACACAACUAUUGUAGCGAAGGGGUUUGACCAUAUUGAUGGGGAUGCCCUGAGAUUUCACCAUUCCAGGUUUCAUUUCCUACAUUGCAGUAUAAUGAUAAAAUCACUUCGGGACUUGAUGAAGAUGAACAUAGUUCAUCGCAAUCUGAUGCUUCAGAUGAAUCAGGCGACGAAUAUAUUACUACACCCCUUAGAAGAUCUCCCUUAGAUCAGAAGCUUUUGGAUAGGUUAUCGAAAAUCAAGACUCUUCAGAUACCUCGCUUGAGUGCAUGCAUAAAGAUCAAGAGUGGUGUCACCUUGUAAAUUUUUUCGGGACUUGCAGAGAAGCUUGGGUUUUCAUUUGGGAACUAUUCCAGAUUACCGUAUUUGAACUCUUCUGGAUGAUGAUGCAGUUGGCUGUUUUUAAGAGAUUCACAAGUCUUUUGGGACGAAUUGGGAUUUUAAGCUAGAUUUUUUAUUUUCUUUCGUUAUUAGUGUUAGUCUUUCAUUGGCUUUUGCUUGAUCGUUUGCUUUCUACUUACAUUAGCUUUCAACUUUCAUUUGCUUACGUAGUAAAACAUUGCCGUUAAGUAAAAUUUCUUUUUUAUAUAAAAAAGAACUUUAAGUCUUUCUAUUUAUAAUAGU